AUGGUCCUCAGAAAGAAGACUAAAGGGUGGAGUAUUGAUAAAGAGGCAGCUUUGGAAAACAAGAAAAAGGCACUCCUUCUGGAGUUUGACAUCCUUGAUAUCAUGUCUGAAACUCAGCAACUACGUGUUUCUGAUUAUGACAGAAUGAAGGAGAUUAAGAAAGAACUGGAUGAUGUGUGGAAGAAAGAGGAAAUUGCUUUAUGGCAGAGAUCUAGGGACAGAAAGAUUUUAGAGGGAGAUAGGAAUAAUGCCUACUUCCAGGCCCUUGCUAACCACAGGCAUAGGAAAAAUUAUCUUACUAAACUAAAUAGUCCCAAUGGUGUGGUCACUUCGACCAAGGAGAUGCUUGAGGUGGCUACCUCUUUUUACAAAGAUUUGUUUCCUUUUGAACCUAAACCUGACAUCCAUUUGGAUGAUGACUUUUGGUCUAUUGAUGAAAUGGUUAGUAAUGAGGAGAGAGAACUACUAGAGAAACCUUUUUCUGAAGAGGAAAUUAAACAGGCUAUUAUGAGCUCCUAUGCUAGUGGUGCCCCUAGCCUGAUGGCCUGA